CUUUAUCAGCCGCUGAAUCGACGAAUUACAGAAAGAAAACAAUUUCCCGAAGACUUGUUUCUGACCUUCAAAACAUAUUGUCAACGUCGUGAAAGAGUUUGCUCACUAAGGACAAUUACAAGCUGCCCUAAUUUUUAAUACCGGAAAAUUGCAACUUGUCGUCGGAAAACUCGACUAGAUUCCGGCCAAAACUCCGUCCUAUGGCCAUCGCCGACCACCACAAGUCACAUAACUCCGACGGAAAGCUCUGGAAGCUUUGUCCUCUCUGGCAAUCAGGAACUUCUUCUUCUUCGUCGUCUACACAGAAUCUUCACUCUCAGAAUCACAGUCACCAAAACGGCGUCGGAUCUAACAGCUCUCGUGCUUCUACGUCAGUUAGCUCCGUUGCUAGAUCACUGCUUCCGGCUCGACGUAGGCUUCGGCUCGAUCCAGCUAACAGUCUCUACUUCCCUUAUGAACCGGGAAAGCAGGUGAAGAGUGCUGUAAAGAUUAAGAACACUAGCAAAUCUUAUGUUGCAUUUAAGUUUCAAACUACUGCACCAAAGAGCUGCUACAUGCGACCUCCCGGAGGCGUUCUCGAACCCGGUGAAAGUGUUAUUGCCACUGUCUUCAAGUUUGUGGAGCACCCUGAGAACAACGAAAAGCCUGUGGACCAAAAGAGCAAAGUUAAGUUCAAGAUCAUGAGCUUGAAGGUAAAAGAAGGAGUAGAUUACGUACCUGAGUUGUUUGAAGAACAGAAGGAUCAAGUGACUAUUGAACGUAUCCUACGGGUGGUGUUCUUGGACCCAGAACGACCUUCUCCAGUACUGGAAAAACUAAAACGUCAGUUGGCUGAAGCCGAGGCAGCAUUAGAAUCUCGCAAGAAACCUCCAGUUGAAACUGGGCCUAAAGUUGUAGGAGAAGGUCUAGUAAUAGAUGAAUGGAAGGAACGAAGGGAGAAGUAUCUCGCUCGGCAGCAGGUUGAGGCUGUUGAUUCAGUGUAAAGCAACUAGUGAAUUUUAAUGCAAGUUCCUUCUUUUGCCAUAAUUGAAAUGUCAAGCCACAUCCAUCCAUUUUCUGCUUUAAUUCUUUCGAAGGAUGGUGGAAAACGGUCAGUGUGGUCCGUCUUGUAAAGAAAAAUAAUCAGUGGGAGGUUUAGUUUCUUCUUCAUGGAGUAAAAGCUUGUUAUGUAAUUGCUUUGGUUGUAUUCUUGUAGAUAUUGCAUUACUUUUUUCUGAAAACCUAUUCUUUUGAA